AUGCAUUUGAAAACUGGAUUAAUAUUUUUGGUCAUUUGCCUUGCUCUCCAAGUUCAAGGAAGCAAAGAAAUAAGUCAUGAUGAAGCCAAACAUCUUGCAGAUGCCUCAGAAAAAAUAACAAAGCAAUCUAGAGAGUCAACCAUCAGAAAGAUAUUUGAUAUGACUAAGCAUCGAACAAAAAGGUCAUCUCUCCUCCCAACUGGUGUGAAAGUCUGUCCACAAGAAUCAGUGAAGCAAAUUUUAACCAGUCACCAAGCUUAUUAUAGAUUAAGAGUUUGCCAGGAAGUUGUAUGGGAAGCCUUUCGGAUCUUUCUGGAUAGGAUUCCUGAUACUUCUGAAUAUCAGAACUGGGUUGGUGCCUGCCAGCGAGAAACAUUCUGCAUAUUUGACAUUGGGAAAAACUUCAGCAACUCCCAAGCGCAUCUGGAAAUAAUCCAGCGGCGAGUAAAACAUAGGACCCUCCAGGAAAGGAAAGAUGAAAUAUCUCCAGAGAAGACAGGUAGCAAAAAACUUGAGGACAUUUCUUCUCUAUCUGCAGGUGCCUUUAUCACAUCUGCACCUCCAUAUGCAUCAGUUCCUAUUGGUACACUGCACAAUGACAUUGUCAAUGACACAAAGACUCUUGUAAAGGAGCUGAAGCCAGAGGUCACUAACACAGUCCCAGAGUUGCCUGUGGAGCAGUCAGUAGAGUUCAGUAUUACCCUCACUAAUCAGGAGUACACAACAGAACUGAGUGAUCCUCGCUCACCACGGUAUCAGGACCUAGCAGCAAAAUUUCAGCUUCAGAUGCAAAAAAUAUUUGAAAAACUUCCAGGAUUCAAAGAAAUCCAUGUAUUAGGAUUUAAACAGAAGAAGGAAAAAGAUGGGUCAAGCAGCACCAUAGCACGAUAUAUUGUAAAUUUUGAGAAAGAAAGCUCAGAAGUAAAAGGAUCUGGGCGUGAUCUCCCAACUAUUGGCUCAAAUAAAGUUGAAAGCGGAAAAAACCCUCUUACCACAAAGGAGCAAGAAGAAAUAGCACCAAUUAAACUCACAAUAACAGAUCUUCAGAAGCUGGUUGCCAUGGCACUACAGGAAGACAAAUCCUUACCAAUGGACCUUGGAACACUACAGUUUAUUGAUGGUGACCCUAGUCCAGCAACAGUGGAUUGGAUAGGAGUCAGCUUGGUCAUUGAAUAUAGUACUGGAACCCCUAUGUUAAGUGGAGCUAUCACUGUUCCUGAAGAUUUCAGUAAUUUUAUUUCACCAAAACCUAUAUUUUCUACUGAACUAUCUAAGUCCAAACCUUUUACAGAACAGGAAAUUGAAGACAUAAAUGUUAUUACUGAUCAGCAUAGCUUCACAGUGCCUUUCAGUAUUCUAGAUAGCACUGAUAGUCCUGUAAAACCAGAGGACUCCGUUUUACUUCCUCCAUCAGAUGAAUCAGCCAGCAGUGAUUUAAGUCCAGAAGAAUCUGAACUGCCAACUGUGCAGGUUAUCACACUGGCAGCCUAUACUGAUGGUAGAUAUACACCACCUAAUUUUCUGCAAGACAGUGAUCAAAAGAGUGAAGCGGAAAGGAAGAAAGACCAAACUAUUAGCGCAGAAUCAACUCAUAAGGAAGGUGACCAAGAUCUUUUUGGACAAGUCUCUGCAGCUAUAAAGAUCACAGACCAACUGGAAUCAUCAGGUGAUGACAUUUUAGCCACAGCCAGCACUUACAUUCACACAGAAACAUUGCCUUUCUUUACUGGUUCAAGCGACGCAUCCGCCUCCCUGCCUGAAGACAUUGUUAUUGGCACAGCUCCCUCUGAGCAAAUAGUGCCGUUACCAGUAGUCACCAGUUCAUCCCAUAGCCACUUGGUUACUAUAGACCAGCCCUUCAGAGUAACCGCCCCCUCUGUGCCAAUAGCUGACAUCUCUACUGGCUUUGAAACAGAAGUCCAGGAUAUUGCCACAGAACUGGAUAGGAUGGAUGCUAUGGGCACAUCGACACCAGAGGAGGUGGAAUAUGAUAGUGGAUACAUUUCAGUAUCAAAACCUCAGCCUGAGGAAAUCACUCCAGCUCCAACACUGAAGUACGUAACCACUAGCUCCAUGACAACUGCAACCAAAGGCAAAGAACUUGUGGUUUUCUUCAGUCUGAGGGUAACCAACAUGCACUUUUCUGAUGACCUCUUCAACAGAAGUUCUCCAGAAUACAAAGCACUAGAACAACAGUUCAUUCAGCUGCUGCUUCCAUAUCUUCAAGCCAACCUUACAGGAUUUAAGCAAUUGGAAAUACUUAACUUCAGAAAUGGAAGUGUGAUUGUCAACAGCAAAAUGAAGUUUGCCAGGUCUGUACCGUAUAAUAUCACAGAAGCUGUGCACUGUGUUUUGGAAGAUUUUUGUGAUGCUGCGGCCCAGCGCCUCAAUUUGGAAAUUGACAGCUAUUCCCUUGAUAUUGAGCCAGCUGAUCAAGCCAACCCAUGCAAGUUCAUGGCAUGUGAUGAAUUUUCAGAGUGCAUAACCAAUGAGUGGACAAAAGAGGCAGACUGCCUCUGUAAACCUGGUUAUAUAAGCCAAGAUGGUCUGCCAUGUCAGAGCCUGUGUGAGAUGGAACCACAUCUUUGCAUUAAUGGUGGAAAAUGUGAAUUAGUUCCAGGAAAGGGGGCUGUCUGCAGAUGUCCUAUUCCUAGCAGCUGCAACUCAGAAAAUGCUGUAAGACUUAAUCCUGCUUUUGAACAUGAUGAACCCAUAGCUAGUGUUUGCCAUAUGCCUUGUACUGCAAGUGCAUGUGUCAAUUCUGCAGAGAUCAUUGAUCAAGGAACACCACACACACAUGAAAACACAGCUCAGGGUGAAGGUCACCAGAUAAUUAUUCAAAACCAAGAUUGA